GUUGAAACUGAAUCAACAACGAGUGACAGUGAUGCGGAUAGUGCGACUAUGGCAUCGGAUGUUCUGUCGCAACUAACCAGUCCUCGGCAAUUAGUGCUGGAUAAGGCACUGUACUCGACCAAAAGUGGACUAGUAGCGAGCGACACUUCAGAAUGUACGAGCAAGGAUGAGGUUCUAGCGAUCACAUUACCAAGCGCCGUCGAAACCACAGCACAACUGGAUAUACAGGUAUGA